AUGAGGGCAGAGGGUUCUGUAUUGAUGUCCUUCACCUUCCUUUCUCUGGAACAUCCAGGAGUAAGACAACUAAAAGAGAAGGAAUCUCCCAGAAUAGUGAAAACUCAUCUGCCACCCAAGCUUCUUCCAGCAUCAUUUUGGGAAAAGAACUGCAUGAUGAUCUAUAUUUGCCGGAACGCCAAGGAUGUGUUGGUUUCUUAUUAUUACUUUUUCCUAAUGAUAGUGAGCUAUCCAAAUCCUGAAACCUUUUCAGAAUUUGUGGAGAAAUUUAUGCAAGGACAAGUUUUGUAUGGUUCGUAGUAUGAUCAUGUAAAAUCUUGGUGGAAAAAAAGUAAGAAUUCACGUAUAUUAUUUGUGUUUUAUGAAGACAUGAUAGAGGAUAUCAGAAGAGAAGUGAUAAAAUUGAUAGAAUUCCUAGGGAAAAAGCCCUCAGAGGAGCUUGUAGAUAAAAUCGUUCAACACACUUUAUUCCAGGAGAUGAGGAACAAUCCAUCUACCAAUUAUACAACAAUGCCAGAGGACAUGAUGACUCACAAAGUAUCGCCUUUCAUGAGAAAAGGAAUUGUAGGAGACUGGAAGAACCACUUCACAGUAGCACUGAGGGAGAAAUUUGAUGAGCACUAUGAGCAACAAAUGAAGGAAUGCACCCUCAAGUUUAGAGAAGAACUCUGA